CAGGAAGCAGCUAAGGAGAGAUAAUGAGGGAGAGACGGGGACACGGGGAACAGAGAGGCGGGACGCAGCCUCAGCACGCGGGAGACCAAGUCCCAGAGAAGGAGAGACAGACGGGUGUCCCCGUGCCCCUGGGAACCAACAGCGGAAAGACCCCAGCCUCAAGGAGACAAAGCACAGCUAGGGUGGGAGGGCCACAGUCCGCCUGGGCAACCCACCGGGCCCCUUCCUGGACAGAGCAUCUCACCAGUGCUUUCGCUUUCAACCUUUCAGCGCCAAGUGACGGUAAAGGUGGGGCAGCCUCAUAGCCUCUUUGUGCCACCUGGUGGCGAUAAGGAAGAAAGACAAGAGCAAGUGACCGUGACGAGAAGGGGAGAGGACUCGCAGAGCAGCAACUGCCGCUACCUCAUCGGCUGCUGGGCUGGGCAUGAGUCACUUCGCAGGCAGCAAACUCUGGAAAAGGCUGGGCAGAGCCCUCAAUCACAAAUGACAGGCUCAGGCUGCAGUGCUCUGUUGUCCAUGCCCCAACCAGCCAGGCCUUCCCAGGAGAGAGCUGGGCAGCUGAAGCCAGAAGCUCGUUCUUGGCCUCUAGACCCACAAGGAAUCACGUCUUUUUCAAAUACUCAUGGCAGAAGAAGGGGCUGUCUUCAAGAUGACCAGUGACCUGAAGGAUGUCAUCUCUGCCAUCCUCCAGGGCUAUGGGGGUGGGCGGCAGCCAGUGACGGACACCAGUGCUGAACUGCACAGACUCUGUGGCUGCCUGGAACGACUGCUGCAGUUUGACCAGAAAGAACAGAAGAGCUUCCUGAGGCCUCGGAAGGAUUACUGGGACUUCCUCUGCACGGCCCUGUGGCGGCAGCGGGGGGACAUGGAGCCAGUCCACUUUGUCCAGUCACAGGACAAGUUGAAGACCCCGCUGGGAAAAGGCCGAGCCUUCAUCCGCUUCUGUCUCGCCCAUGGACAGCUGGCCGAGUCCCUGCAGCUUUGCCUCCUGAACCCAGAGCUAACCAGGGAGUGGUAUGGCCCCCGGAGCCCUCUGGUGUGCCCUGAACUCCAGGAAGACAUCCUGGACUCCCUCUAUGCUCUCAACGAGGUGACCUUCGACUUGGACCUGCAACGGCCAGACUUGGAUGGAGCCUGGCCCAUGUUCUCAGAGUCCCACUGCUCCAAUUCCAACUGGACCCAGGGAAGAAGACCCAGAAAGAUCAAAGAUUCCCCUAAGGAGAUCUCACCCACGUAUGGAGACCCCACAGAAGGCCACCCAGAGGAGCCACAUACCAGGCAAGCCAGUUCUCUGCAAGAUGCACCCAGGGAAGUCAGGUUGGCUGGACUCCCUAGGUCCCAGCAACACAACCAUCAGCCCCUCUUUCUGGAAAAGAAGAAAGAAGAUCCCAGGAGGCUUGGGCCUCCCCAGAGCAUGUGGGAACUAGAGGGGGAGGAGCUUCAGCAAAACCAGGAGAAAGGAGCUCCAAGGACGGGGAUGUGCCUGGAGAACUCAACACCUAGCGUCCAGGGACAGGGGAAGGGGGUCAAAGGGACUCUGAAGGAGGUGACAGGGACAGAUGCUGAGGGCAGGGGGGUUUUGCUGAGUGCAGAGGACCAGAGAACAAUAGAUGGGACUUAUGAAGGGGAAGCAGAGAGGAGUCAUAUCCACAGGCUGCUGGCCUCCAGCCCCAAAGAGAUGAUAAGGGACGCAGUGUCAGGGAGCCGUCAGGGCGGGAAAGUGCCCAGCAUCCCGAGGGAGUUCUGGGUCCUUCAGGGCCUGGAAACAAAGGAAGGCUCCACCACGGAGAAGCCCCAAGAGCAAAUAGGAGUGACCAGUGCAACCAGGAGGGAGGAACAAGCAGAGAUGGCCUUGCAGGAUGUGGUCAAGAGUCUCAGACAUGGGCUCCAGAAAACCAAGGAGCAGGCCCAGCACCAGGAACAGCUGCUGAAGGAGCAGGAAGGGGAGCUGAAGGCGCUGCAGGAACAGCUCAGCAGGUGUCAGGAAGAGAGGGCCCGGCUGCAGGCGGAGCUGGAGCACAAGCAACAGGAGACUGAAAGGAAGGGUGCCAUGUAUGAGGAGGAGCUUGGCGGGCAGCGGGACCUGGUCCGAGCCAUGAAGAGGCGGGUGCUGGAGCUGAUUCAAGAGAAGGAUAACCUGUGGCAGAAGGUCCAGCAUCUCUCUUCCUUCACCCCUGGAUGCUGUGUUGUCUGUAACAAGAUCUUUGGUCGGCUGUCUCGGCGGUACCUGUGCAGGCUCUGCGGAGGCCUGGUUUGCCAUGCCUGCUCUGUGGAUUUUAAGAAGAAGGAGUGCCACUGCCCACCCUGCUCCCAGAGGAGAGAAGCCCAGGUCCUCUGACUGAGACCCACCCACCUCACCUGAUCGGCCGUCCCCUCAGCCCUUCCCAGCCCUCUGGUCUGACCGGUCCUGCCUUCUAGAAGUUGGCCAUCUAAGGUGGACAGCACUUGAGUGGACAGACCGUGCUUUGGAGGAUGGAAGGAGCCAGGCUGGCAGUCAGGAAAGAGGUUCUAACCCUGCAUCUCCCACUGGGUGACUUUGGCAAAGCUGUCAGGCUUUUUCUAUAACAUGAGGGAGUGGGCACCAUCCUCUCUGAAGUCCCUGCAGGCUCAUAGUCCUUGUCCAAGAAUAAGGCCUGGUGGCCCUGACGUUUCUCCUCUGCAAUCCCUUCUCAGCCAGCCCAUCCUUCAUUAUACACGGGAGCUUCCUGUCUGCAGUCUCCUUCGGAGGUCUGCUUUCAUUCUUAACAGCUUUCUUUAGGUACUAUUAAUGUAUAAUACACUUCAUAUAAACCUGACGAGUACAGUCUGAUGAGUUUUGCCUUUAAUAUACACCCUGAAGCCAUCACCAUAUUCAAAAUAAUAGACACAUCCGUCAGCCCAGUUUCCU